GGCACCUCCACUGCAAGUAGUUGAUCAGUUUUUUUUGCUACGGCGUUCAACUACAACUGCGGCGCAAGAACGCGAUCUAUCUGACGCGUCACUAGCAUCUUUCUCCAACGUAAGUAGUUAUGCGAUAGGUCCUCGUGCGGAUAGGACAUAAAUAUGGAAGGCCGCUCUGAUGUUGAUCCAUUUGAGAAGGUCUUACUUAGACGAACCAGCGGCCUCCUGGAUGGGAGCAGGAGAACUAUUUUUUUUCCGCUAAUCAGUGAUUGUGAUCAGUUGAUCAGUUCCCAACUUCUUCAAUGUUUCCUUAACUCGGACUGACUACAAUUUUCGUAUUACUGAUUUCAACUACCAUCUUCAACAAACUUUUUCGACCUGGUGGUUUUGCUUUUUCGAAUCCUUUAUCGAACAGUCUACGAACAAGUGUCUUUUUUAAAACAUGAACUUCGGCGGCGGAGACAGUAGCGGCGCCGGGGCCGGCGCGAGUGCCGCACAACAGCAGCAAGCGCUGAUGCAGAUGCAGAUACUACAGGUGCAGAAGCUGCAGUGCAAAAUACUGGGGAACUGCUUCUCAAAGUGCGUCUCGGAUAUGAGGGCGGAGCUGUCAAACGGGGAGCAAAACUGCAUCUACCAGUGCACACACAGGCUCUUUGACUCACAGCUGUAUAUUCUUUUAUGUUGCAGCAUGUAGCCUGAUGCUCGACAUGUUGAUAGAUGAUUUUGAAACUUCACCUCCAUGGUGGAUGAUGUCAAAAUUUUGUAUAAGUACUCUUGCAACAAAAACAAUGUAAUGCCAGCAACGAUGGUGCGAUGCCGAUGCUUGCCCGUAUGCAUCCCAUCUCUGAAGUGGACAAGAAAUUCACUCUCUCAGGUUCUUGGAGAAGCGACUAGUAAGCCUAGGACAGAAAGUACAAGCGAGCGGCUGACGAGCGCCAUAACACCUAUCCAUGCAUCAACCGCUCGCGACAUCAGCGACAUCACGAAAAGAAGUAGAUGCUUAAACGAGGAGCCCGAUCUUGAGACUUGCCAAAAGAAGCGACACCAAAAUAAAAAGGAGAAAAAACCACUACAACACGACGCUGCCAGGCGAGAUAAUUCCGAAAGCGCGACAAACUCUUGUUCUACCUACAGCAGCACGAAGAUCAUGUAGCUCUAAAUGCAUGA